AUGCCGAUGCUCAGCAAAGCCUCCGACAAGUACGCGGCCUUCAAGGCCCCGUCGCUGCCGGACCGAACAUGGCCGUCUAAGAAAUUGACCAAGCCUCCGAGGUGGUUGUCGACAGAUCUCCGCGAUGGAAACCAGGCACUGGCAAGCCCCAUGAACCCCGAGCAGAAAUGGAACUACUUCCAGCUGCUCGUCGACAUCGGCUUCAAGGAGAUCGAGGUGGGCUUCCCGGCGUCGUCAGACAUGGACUUCCAGUUCGCACAAAAGUGCGUAGCUGAGGGUCCCUCAGACGUCUGGCUGGAGGUCAUGACACCCUGCCGAAAGGACUUCAUCCGACGCACCGUCGAGGCCGUCCGCGGCGCCAAGCGCAUCAUCGUCAGCCUGUACAUCGCCACCAGCGACAACUUCAUCGACACCGUCUUCAACACCACGCGCGAGGCCCAACUACGCACCGCCGUCGAGCACGCCGCUUACCUCAAGUCGGUCACCAAGGACGACCCGGCCCAUAAGGACACCACCUGGGCCCUCAUGUGGAGUCCAGAGACUUUUUCUGAUACCGACCCGGCUUUCGCCAUCGAGAUCUGCCGCGCCGUCAAGGAGGCCUGGGAGCCGACGCCGGAAGUCCCCAUCAUCCUCAACCUGCCGGCCACCGUCGAGAUGUCGACACCCAACGUGUUUGCCGACCAGGUCGAGAUCUUUUCGAGGGGGUUUGCCGGGGAUGACUCUGUCUGUGUGUCGCUGCACCCGCACAACGAUCGUGGGUGUGCUGUGGCAGCCACUGAGCUAGGCCAGCUGGCUGGUGCCACGCGGGUGGAGGGGUGUCUGUUUGGUAACGGCGAGCGGACGGGGAAUGUGGACUUGGUGACGCUGGCACUGAACUUGUACACGCAGGGCAUCGAUCCCGGCCUGGACCUGUCAAAUCUGCCGCAUAUCCGCAAGACGGUCGAGACACUGACGCAGAUUCCGGUGCAUACUCGGGCGCCGUACGCCGGUGACUCGGUCUUUGUGGCGUACAGUGGUGGGCAUCAGGAUGCGAUCCACAAGGGGUUCAAGAAGUGGACGGCGGGCUUGAACGAUACGAAUAACAGUAACAACAACAGCAAAAGCCAAAUCUGGAAAGUCCCUUACCUCGCCAUCGACCCGCGAGACAUCGGCGCGACCUACGAGGCCGUGAUCCGCGUCAACUCGCAGAGCGGAAAGGGAGGUAUCGCCUGGGUGCUGUCCCAGGCCCUGCGUCUCGAAGCCCCCAAGGCUAUCCUCGGCGCUUUCUCGCCCGUCGUCAAGACCGAGUCCGAAGCGAAAGGCCGUACCCUCCUCCCGGAGGAGCUCACCGAGUUGUUCCUGCGGCAGUACUCCGUGCGCGAGCGCGAUCCGCGCGUGCUUUCGCUCGUGAAGAGGGAGCUUCAACCAGACUCGCCGACAAGCACAUCUUCGGCCGCCAGUACCGCAGGGCUCGUCCGCAUCGAGACGGUCAUCCUAGUCAACGGUCUCCCCCGCCAGCUCGUCGGCCACGGCACUUCCAACCUGGAAGCUGUCCGCUUCGGCCUGUCCGCGUUUGCGGACUGCCGUCUCGAGUUCACGUGUACGCUGGGCAAGCUGGCCGCGACGGUGGCGAGCGAUGGAGGAUUCGCGGCGUCUGACGCCCAGGCCAUUGCUAUUGUCAUGUGCUCUGGUGGGAAACGAGUCACAUGGGGCGUCAAGACGGCCGAUACGGAGGAGGAGGCUAUUCUGCUUGCGGCGCUGUCGGCUGCUUUGGAUUGGCACAAGGAACUUCCGCUGCACCACCAGCGACUGCGGCUGCUUCCCAUCGUCCACUCACCGAUCGUACAGGCGGUGGCGUAG